UAACAUGAGUGACUGUUGCCUUAGAGACAGAACAUACAACACAAGACAGGAGGUGAGGACAAGCGGAGACAAUAGACAAGGCAACAACUUCCACAGACAGAGAGGGAGGGGGGGUUCCAGAACACUUCAGGCCUGCAGAGAACUGGGUCAGGUGCAGUGAUUUACUGUUCUCCUUCCAGCAGAAGCACACAUUAAAUCAGACCACUUGUAGCUUAAUGAUAGAAUCAGUAAUGUGGAAGCGGCGUAUUUGUUUAUCAGCAGUGUUGCUCGCAGCCUUUUCCAGCCUUCUUUUUGUGAGCACUGAUUUCAGAGACAUUUAAAGGAGAACUUUAGUUAAGGAAAAAAAAAAGUUGUUGAGAGCCUUGAUUAAACUUCAGUCUUUGAUCACCUCUAGUCCCCUGCUGUUCCUUUUUAAUCACCGCCAUCGAUUGUGGAUGCAUCCACUUUGACUUUGCACGUACUUUGUCAUUAAACUAGCAGCAAGCAUAAAACUUGCCAAACAUCCUUUCCAGCAAUUACAAAACGCAGAACAGAAUGCUUUAUCACAAUGAACAUGUUUGAUGAAUCAAAUAAAUAAAACCGUUAUCACAUACCUUCUAAAUUAAAUCAUAAUGGAUAACAAAUCUAAGGAACAUCACCAAGGGCAAGCACCAAGUCCCAGUACUCUAACAGUGGAAAAUGUGACCAAAUUAGAGCUUCAUUAUGAAUAUGUGGAUGGAGAUCUGAGGAAAGUGGAAGAAUACAUCAGAAAAAGCCAACACUUUGAGCAACAACAGAGAAGUGCAUUGUCCUCUCAUCCCAUACUGCAGCCAAAAGAAGCUUUCAAGAACAGCGGGACUGACACAGCAGAAGAUUCCAGUUUAGAUGGCAAGGAAAAAGAAAUACAAAUAUAUUCUGAACCAAAAAAGAAAAGCAAAGUCCCUGUGGCAACCUGUGGGAGAAAGCCGAUGGUAAAUACAGAAAAAUGUCAAUAUAAUAGUGUUCAAACUCAAACAGAAUGGAGCUUGUCCGCCCUCUCUCCAGGCAUCAGUGGAAAUGGACUUACAGAGACAGAAGAUCGAAAUGCAACGGUGUCUGCAGCAUCAUCCCUAAAAUCAAGAGCAAAGAAUUCCGUGACUAUUGAAACCCCUUUAGAAAGUAAGACUGUAGAUUCAGAAGAUGGUGAGCAUCCAGGAUCAGCAGAGAUUACCUUAAGUGUUGAAGAAUAUCCCCUAAGAGAAGUCAGUGAAGAUCUUGUGAGUUGUGACUUCUGCCUGAAGCCCAAGAAGCCUUUUCCAUCAGUAGAGCAAGUAAUUUCCGAACCUUCUGGCAUGCUAUUUUGUUGUGUGAAAAGCCAGAAACUAUUUCAAUUUAUGAUUAUGGAUACCAUCAAGACCCAUACACCGGAGGAAACUGAUGGAAAAAUUGAGAUUUUAACAAAGGAAGCUGAAGAUAAAAAUGAAGUUAAAGAAAGAGAAUUUGAAGAAAAACACAGUGAUGACUCUCCACCUACAACUCUUCACAGUUCUGAAGAUAUUAAAGCCCUGAACACUCUAAGAGAAGAGCUGGAGAAAGUGAAUACAAAGGAUUAUAUAACAUCUCUAUCAAAUCACUUGAUUUCAUAUGGAUCUCUGUUUGUUACAGAAAAAAUUACCUUUUCACUGGAAUCCGCCAAUGACGGUAUUACAUAUAUGCAGUCAGCUGAACCAGAUUUUCAUAUGGUUCCCAACAUUGAUGAUUUUUUUCAUCAAGUACAGGACAGCGGAACAAUAAAACCUCAGGGGGCGGCUGUUCUGGUUCCCUUGGCAGAGCGCUUCGCAGGCGUCUACUCCACCCUAUUUCUGGUCCCAAAGAGGAUAGGUGGGUGGAGGCCUGUGACAGGCCUUCAGAGGCUCAGCCGGUAUAUCUGCCCCAAAAAGCUUCAAAAUGGAGUCCCUGCAAAGGAUUAUUCAGGCAGUCCAGACAUAAGAUUGGAUGAUUUCUGCAGGAUGCGUACCUACACGUUCUAA